AUGGACUCAAAUAACUGCCUGACCUGCCUAGAAAGCCAUUGGUCCAAUGACGAACAUGACAAGUGCAUUCCAAAGCUAAUAGAGUUCUUGAGCUAUGAAGAGCCACUGGGUUCCUCACUGACAGUCAUCACAUUAGCCUUUCUCAUUAAGACUAUAUUUGUUCUCCUGAUAUUUAUUAAACACCGCAAUACACCAAUUGUUAAGGCUAACAACCGUGGAUUGAGCUAUCUGCUGCUGUUUGCCCUUAUGCUAUGCUUUCUCUGCUCUUUGAUAUUUAUUGGCCAGCCAACCCAAAUCACAUGCAUUCUUCGACAAACUAUUUUUGGCAUUAUUUUUUCUAUUAGUGUCUCUUCUGUGCUUGCUAAGACCAUGACAGUAGUAAUUGCUUUUAAUGCAACACAUCCAAACAGUAAGUUAAAACAGUGGGUUGGAUCUGAAAUUCCAUCCUGCACAGUCACCUGUUGUUCAUUGAUUCAAAUUGUGAUAUGUACUUGGUGGUUAGAGACUGCCCCUCCUUUUCCAGAACCAAAAACAACAUCAGUGAGUAAAAAGAUCAUUAUUCAAUGCAAUGAAGGGCAAGCAGCUUUCUUUUACUGCCUGCUGGGUUACUUGGGAUUCUUGUCCAUGGUCUGCUUUGUGGUGGCUUUCCUUGGACGGAAGCUGCCUGACAGCUUUAAUGAGGCAAAGUACAUCACAUUCAGCAUGCUUGUCUUCCUAAGUGUUUGGUUCUCAUUCAUUCCUGCUUAUCUCAGCACACAAGGAAAAUAUAUGGUUGCUGUUGAGAUAUUUGCUAUAUUGUCCUCUACUGCAGGGUUACUAUGCUGCUUAUUUCUGGGUAAAUGUUACCUUAUUUUGUUCAGGCCUGAACAAAAUACCAAAAAAAAUUUAAUGGACAAAUGAGGUUUCCAGUAGAUAACAAUGUCUUAGCCUAAGCUUCCACAGUUAUAAUAAUGAUAUAUAAGUCUGUGCGGUGGUUAAGAUGAUGAAACCAUUAAUAUUUUACCUUGUAAGUUUACUGGGCUGUAUUUUUUGUUUUGACUUAUGGUGCUGUCCACUAGUGAACAAAGUUUGAUGUUAGCUAUGUCAUUGUGCAUUUCAGAGUAAAUUUACUACUAUAUUCUUUCAAGAAUAGUUUAAUUAUGCUCUGCUAGUUCUUUAUACAAAACAAGCUUUUGAUGUUGUCACUAAUGCAAUUAAAAUGUUGCUAUAAGUUUACUCCAAAAACACUAGAAAUACCCAGGUGAGCUGUUAUCCUAAUUGGACCAACAUAUGUUUUCCAAAACAGCUACCUGAGCUUUCAGACUAAAACAGUGCAUUAUCAGGAGUUAAUAAGAUAUUGACAAAAUACUUUUGGGACCAAUUUGUUUUUGACUUAUAUAGUAAGGCCAUGGUGGUGCAGUGGUUAGCGUUGCUGCUUCACAGCAAGAUGUUC